AUGAUUUCCAAAUUUCUAACAGUUGUUUUUCCAAAACAAAAAAAAUCCACAUAUUUUUAAUGUCACAUUUGCAUUGAAUGUAUUCCAUUUUUAUGCCAAGCAGCUUACUCGGUUGUGUCUUCCUGUCAAAGAAAUUUGAUUAUUCAGUGAGCCAGCAUAAUUUUUUUUCUAUGCACGGGUGCCACUGCCAGUGUUUUUCUCCAGUAUGAUUCCAGUCCUGAAUUUUAAUUUAGUCUUCAGCACUGAAUAUCUAUCUAGUCUGAAAUGAUCUCUCUGAUUUUUUUCUGCUUUUUCCAGCAAUAGCAGAUGAAUCCCUUUCUACUGACCACAGUCGCAAAAAAGCUCCCAGCAGGAGCAACCGUGAAGAGAAACACAGCUCUCUGACUGUCACGCCAUGGAUCUCCUGUUCACCUCAUCCUUCCCUGCCUCGUGCCAGAACUCCAGCAAUCUCACAGCUCUCUGUCCCGACAACCAAACGGCAAACUCAACGCCUCCAGCUCUGGUUAACCCUCCAGGGUUUGGGAUGUCCUACUUCACCAUGACCCUCGGCGCACUCUCGAAUCUGACCGCGCUAGCAAUCCUGGCCCAUUCCUACGCCAGUUUCCGACGGCGGGCCAAAGUGCCGUUUCUGCUGCUGGCUUCAGCCCUGCUUUUCAGCGACCUGGCCGGUCAUGUGAUCACGGGGUCUUUGGCGCUUCACCUCCAUCUUGGGAGGCUGAAGCAUCACGAGGCGGCAGUAGUAGCGGAGCCCCCACAGGUCUACUGCAAAUUAUUUGGAGGUUGCAUGGUGUUUUUUGGUCUCUGCCCUCUGCUUCUAGGCAGCGCGAUGGCGGUGGAGCGCUGCAUAGGCAUAACACAACCUCUCCUGCACCCGGCGGUGGUCACAAUGACACGUGUCCGCCUCACCGUGCUGGUCAUCACCUUCACGGCUCUCACUUUGGCGGGACUCCCUCUGAUAAACGUGGGCAACUACAAAGCACAGUUCCCCGGCACCUGGUGUUUCUUACCUGUGAACGGGCCUCUCUCCAUCGCUGACGCCAGCCUCGCUCUGGCUUUUUCCACACUGGGGCUCAUAACACUGACCGUCUCAGUUGUGUCCAACACUGUAAGUGGGCUGAAGUUGCUCCAGGCGAGGUUUAAGGACCGGUGCGUUAAGUCAAGCGUCACUCGGAGACACGGGUCCUUCUCAUCUUCCUCUCUGCGCUCCCUGGAUGUGGAGAUGAUGACACAGCUGGCCGCGAUAACAGUGGUCUCCUGUCUUUGUUGGAGUCCUUUUCUUAUUUACAUCCUCAUAUCCGUUAGCAGGUUUUAUGAAGGAAUCAGAAGGCCGAGGCGCCAGUGUGAGAAGCUGCUGCUCUUGGCUCUGCGCUUGGCGAGCUGGAACCAGAUCAUGGAUCCGUGGGUCUACAUCCUCCUCCGGAGGGCGGUUCUGCGCAGACUGCUCCAGCUGCUGCAGCCGGAGAGAGUCGGCCUUACGCAGAGCAGCUCCUACAGAGACUCGCACAGAAAGCAAAUUAGUUUACACUGAUGAUCACACACAUCUAUAAGCGUUUAUAAAAAGAAACUGUGAAAAAUGAUUGUGUGUGCGUGUGUGUGUGUGUGUCCUGGUUUAACUAUACUUGUGAGGACUUAAAUAUCCUCACUUAUAUAAUGAAAGAUCAGAACAACCCACUAGUGAGGACAUUUGACAGGCUUAUAAAUCAGCCAAAAGUUUUUGUUUUGGUGUGGAUCUAGUGCUCUGAAUAUGUUUCUGUGAUGGGUAGGGAUAGGCGGGAUAGGCGGGUUAGGGGAUAGAAAAUACUGUUAACCUGCUAGAAAAACAACAGAAGUCUAUGCAAUGUCCUCACUGUGAUAGCAAAACAAACGUGAGCGUGUGUGUGUGUGUGUGUGUGUGUGUAAAGUAAGUAAAAUAAAAGGAAGGAAGAAGUGUAAUUUGAAACAGAGCAUUUUCAUGACUACUCUUAAAAGGUGCAUUUUUGUAAUGAUAUCAAAUUGAAUUUCAUUUUUCAUGAUGAAGCUAAUUUCUGAGUGGUGAAGUAUAACAUGAAUGCUAGCUUUACUGGUUCGCAAAAUAAUUGCAGUUUUGUUACUUCAUCCAAAA